UGUUUAUUAGAAAUAUUGACGAAAUUUUGAAUACUUGUAGAAAAAAUGAUAUAUUUCUAUAUUUUAUAAUUUAUAUUUCAGUCUAUACCAAUGAAUCAUUGUUAAGUUGUAGGAAAAAAUUUAUUUCUGUCCUGUCUUUUGUUGACAUUACAUUCCCAAGUUCACUCAUAACUGUCAUGUCGAAAGAUGUAAACAAUAAUUUUUGCAGACUUGUAAUAAUUAAAGUCUAGGUCAUGAAUCAUUUGUUGUCGUUCCGUUCGUAUUAGCAAAUAUGGAAAACGAAAAUAAAGAGCAGAAAUACGAGAGUUUCAAAGAAUUUGAAAAACUAGCUAGAGAGAAAAAUAUCAAUCGUUUGGACAAAAGUUAUUUGAGAAGAUUUUUCGUUGGACGACAGUAUGAUACCGUGGCAGCUUUAAAAGCACUUCAAAAUUACGAAAGUUUCGUAAAAAGACGUAAAGAACGAUGGCUGACGAUGAAAAAAACAAGAAUAGAACUGUUAAUGCAAUAUCAAAUUGUUGAAAUAUUAUUAAGUCCUGGUAUUCAAGGACAAUACAUUGUUUGGAUACGAUUAGAAAAUUGGGACCCUGGAACAGUUGAAGCUGACGAAAUUUUAGAGUUUUCAGGUCUACUCUGCGAGCUUCUUUACGCAGAAGCAGACGAAAUUCAUUCCAUCGACAUUAUCGUCGAUUUACAUAAUUUUUCCCUGAAACACUUGUACGGAUUAUCCCCAAAGUUUGCUAAACGAAUGGUGUUUUUUAUGGCAGAAUGUCUGCCAAUGAUUAUGUCACACAUUUAUGUAGUUAGACAACCGAAAAUAUUCUAUCUGGUAUAUUCUUUAUUUAAGCCGUUUUUGGAUGAGAAUAUUAGAAAAACUAUCAAAAUAUGUGGUCAUAAUUAUCAACUGUUGACUGGAACUAUUGGAAAACAUAAUUUACCUAUAGAGUUCGAUGGUACGGUGAAUUAUUCAAAACUUACCAGAUGGUUGAAUAUUUUUCACAACAACCGUACGCAAAAAGGUCUAAAGUUGGCUGGAUACGAAUUCGUCUGAUUUGUUCUUAAGAAAAUUUUUAUUGAGUGAAAAUUUUGUACUAUUUAGAAAUAAAUGUCUACUGUAUUAA